UUAACAAAUGAUUGCAUUUAAACAGCCCGUUCGAUAAGAUGAAUGACGAGCCUUUUUCUACAACGCUUGCUUACACGAAAAGCCCUAAAACAUCCAGAAGAACAACUUUUCAGGAUGAGCUAAAGAAAGCUGUGUCUGCUAGAGCCAACAAGCAUAGUUACUCCGAUGACUUUGAGGAUGAUGAUGAAGAAGAUGGUAAAAAUGAUGAUGAUGAUGACAUACUGAACAAACUUCUUAAAAGACAAAAACAGAAAAAGGAGAGAUUUAAAGCUGGGAAGACAAAAGGCAAAAUCAAUGAUUUUAAGCUUUCAGAUGAUGAAGAAGAAAAUGUCAAACCCAAAAAAGUGUCUUUCAUGAAAACCAAAAGAACCAGCUCACCUGUGCAUUUUGAACUGCUAAACUCCAUGGGAAGUGCAGAUGGCCCGAUUAGUUCUUUCCAUUCCACCCAAUCCAGGAAUACUUCUCAAAGUCCAAGCGAUUCUUACACUCCAGAGAAAAAUCAACAGUCAGAUUCCCUUUUUUCCUCUGUAUCUGACAAGUUUCAACCAGAAUUCACUUUACUUCAAAAGGAUGAACAGUCAAAAUCAGUAAUGAGGUUGAGGAACCAAACAGAAUCUGUGGUGAGGAAGAGCCUGUCAGAAUCUCCACUGCCACUAAACUCUGAGAAUAGCCUAUGGGAAUCUUCCACCCCCCUUACAUCAGAAGGCUCCCAGAGGGACAGUCUAGUACCAUUGCCUUCAGAAAAAGAUGCGGCCAACCAAAGGAUUGGUGAAGAUGGUGACCUACCCAUUCCUCAACCCAGGGAGAGAAGUGUUAAACCAAAACUCUCUACAGGUUAUGUUGCCCAAGACAUGUCACCCAGACCCAAGCCCAGACAGAGGACAGCAAAUAUGUGUGACACUGGUCAGUUAGAAGAGGAAUCACAAGCAGAAACUCCUGGCUUCAGCAGAACAGCCACAUCCUCUAUGUCUAUACCCUUCUCCAACAGAUCCUCUUCUGAGAAGAGUCAAACCUCUACCACUGAAAGUGUUCAGGGUCCAGAUGAACACCAGGCCAUGUCAGAAAACUCAAUUACACAGUCUUGUUCAACUGCAGAGCAAGUGUCUGAGGCUCCAGCCACUGCAGACAGUGUUGCCUCAGAAGAAUGCAAAGAGAGAAAUCUCUCAACAUCAUUUGAAGAAAAGCAUGAGAGUUCUCAGGAUGACCUUGACUACACGUCAACCACACAAAGCCACAUGUCUAGAAAAUCCACAGACAGACCUUCAAGCUCCCGGUCAUCCAGUUCCAGAAAGUCCAAAAGCUCAUAUAUAGUGGAGUCUAAAUACCUGGGAACAUUGAAGAUUUUGGAUCAAAGGACACAGGAAAUCCAACAAGUUCCAGAAGCAGCAGAUUCACUAAGAGCUGCUGUGUACCAGGAAUGGCUAAAAAAGAAAGAAGAAACUUUAAAAAUAACAAGCAGGGCAAAAAAGCAGGAAGAGAAAUUGAAAGAGGAGAAAAUGCAAGAGGAAAAGCUUGCUAAAAUUGCAGAUGCAAAGGCCUCUUAUGAUGCUUGGAAAGAGAAAAAAUCUGAAGUCAUCAGAAAGAUAGACCAAGAAAAACAGAAGUCAAUCCACCAACAACAAAUGGAAAUGGAUAAAAAUCAAGAAAAAAAGGAAACCGCAAAACAGGUUUUUGAGAAGUGGAAAGAGGAGCAUGAGAGUAUCCUUAAAGACAGGAUAAAGGAAAAGAAGCAGACUGAGAGAAAAGAAAAACUACAGCAGGUCAGAGAGAAAGAGGAAAGAAAAAAGGACUGCACCUCUGCUUUCACUGAAUGGAGUGACCGAAAAAGGGAUGUCAUUGAAAAGAAGGUAAGGGCAGAACUCAGGAAGGAGAAAGAAAAGGAAGUGGAGAAGAAAUAUGAAAAGGAGGAAAAUGAAAAAAUGGCCUUGGAAAUGUACGACAAAUGGCUGAGAAGAAAAGAGUUUCAACAAAAACGAGAGAGAAAUGAAAAAAGGAUACAGACUAUUCUUCAGGAUGAGCCCCCUCCACCCUGGAGCCCACCUAAUAAAACCAUCCCAUUUGGAAAAUGAGAUUAAUUUAAUUUAACCUACUUUUUUGACAUUUGAUAUAAUUAUUUCAGGAAUUGUUGAAAUGUAAAUAAAUCAAACUAAAAUUCCCUUAAUGUAAUGCAGUAACACUACAUAUCAUUUUCAUCAAGAAGUCUAUAAGUUAUAAAGCGAUGUCAAGAUAUUUUUCUAAAUAUCAUAAAGUUGAUCAUAAACAUGGUAAGAUAAGAGAGAUAGCGAUAAAUACGUGCUGUUUAUUUUAUCAUCACAUUAUAGGUUUAUCAAAGCCUUAACCUUAUUUACAAUAAAUGUGUGUUUUGUUUUUAAAUCAUGUUCAAUUUGUUCUUUUAUGGAAUUUGUUUACUUGUUGACAAAACAUUCACAGUUUGGACCUUUUCAUUGUUCGUUCUGAUGUUAAACUUUAUUGUAUUAUUUAUCUCAUAAAACAUAUCUUGAAAUUGUA